AUGGGUUUCCUUAAGAAGUUUAAGGAGCAAAAGCAGGAUGGCCCAGAUGCUGCACCGGAGAAUGGACCUGUGUCGACGCAGCCUAGUAUUGGGCCGGAGGAUUUCCUCCCGCCGGAACCAGUGCCACGAACAACCCGGUCAAGGGCAAAGGCCUCUUCUGCAGCGACAACACCAACUCCCGAAGUAGCGUCGCCUUCGAAGGGCAAGGCCACUGCCCGCGGCAAGUCCAAGGAGUCCCAGCAGGAGCCCGCUGCGGAAGCGAAGCCAGCUGCUGUCCCUUCCGCGCCACCGAAGGGAGCUAAAGCAAAGGCAGCUAUUCAGCCCGGCCAAGCUAAGGCAUUUGCCAUGAACAAGGCACCUGUAAACAAGGCUGGCGAUGAUGCAGUUCAUCGGCUGGAUACGUCUGGCGCUGUACCUUCAGCUGCAUUAGCUGAGGAAACAGUGCCGUCGUCCAAAGUGUUGGGCGCGCGAUCUCGGGCUGCAAAUAAGGUGGCGGCGUCUCCGCGGAAGGAAACUCGCGGGAAAGGCGCCAAUUCCCAAGUCGACACAACGAAGGGCCGGCUGUCAACCGAGGCAUCGCAGACUGUUCCGGAAAUACUGGAACCGAAGGAGGUUCAGACCGCGGCCGGUCCGUUAGUCGGGCAGCCACCGCACGCAUCGGGAUCAAAGCUGGAGCAAAAUGACUUAGCAGGAGCAAACCAGCAGGAGAUGGAGGGGCCCAACUCUCACCCCACCUUGGCGGUGGACAUCGCAGUGCCAUCUGGGUUUUCAAGCCGAGAGGGGCUUGCUGUUGAGCAAGUCGCUGUGCUUUCGGAGGCUGACCUCCCCCGGGACCCGCGAAAGCGGCACCGUGCGCAUGUACCGGAUUACCCCCCAUCGUCUAUGGAACGUCCAGAUACGGCAGCUGCAACAACUCCCGGAGCUUCGCCCCCAGUGGCAAUGCCCUCAGCGGCCACGCCUUCAGUUGCCGUGGCGCAACCGAGGUCGCAGCUUCCGCCACAGCAAGGGGUGCUGCCACAGCUGCAGCAGCAAGCGCAAGCACAUUCGCAGCUAACAUAUCAUCCGCAACCCCAGCCACAGCAGCAAGAGCAUCCGUCCCCCAGCGGCCAAGGCGCAGAUACAGGUACAGAGUUGGAAAAGACGAAGAAAGAGCUGCAUACCCCGACGCCACAGCUGCAUGCAGUAACGGCCGCGCUUCCGACAUCGACAGGGCCUGCCAAUGGAACGAGGGCUGUUACUGUGAUUGGGCCACAGAUGCUGCAGGCUGAGCAAAGUAGUUCCAACCCAGAAGCGGACGGUUCGACAUUGCCUCCACCGCCACCGCUUCCACUGCCACCUCCGCUGCCGCCCCAUCUGGCGACCUCUCGUGGGCAGCCAACCGCCACAGCGUGCGAUGGACAAAUACCGUCUAGCCGGGACGAUGCCAACGGCCGAUCUGCCUACGUAAUGGUUGGGCUCCGCGAGUCAACAGCAGCUGAAGCGUCCAAGCCGUCAGGUGCAGGCGGGAGCGGUGGUAGCAGCUCUGAGCGGGACCGCAACCGAGACCGGGAACGUAGUCGCUCCGAUGCGGAGCGGACUCAGGACCGGGCAGAUCGGGACCGCGUGGAGCGCAACAAGGAUCGGUCGCGCCACCAGCCUCAAGCAGGCCCCUUGGCUGGCUGCGGCGAGCGGCUGCGCAUAAUGGUCGGUCCGGCAAGCGUGCAGGGCGUUACGUAUUCAGGCUGCUGCGGCACGUACAGCAGUGAACCGGAUGUGCCCACGCCCACGUCCCACGGCAGCAAGGGAGGUGGUGGACGUGGUGCUGCCGAGGCCCAUCCCAGCAGCCCUUCUCGCGGAGACAGGGGUCCUGACAGCGUUCAUGGCGACAGCAAGACCGCCGUGCGCAGUCGGAGCCGUUCACGAGAUCGGGAAUCAAAGCCUGCUGCUGACAGCAAUGUGGGCCGGGACAAGGACCGGCAGCGGGAUGCAGGCUCUUCGGCACGUUCAGAGAAGGACAAGGAGCGUGCGCGGGAGAAGGAAAAGGAUUGGGAACGGGAGAAGGAAAAGCUGCGGGCAAGGGAGUGGGAGAAGGAAAGCAAGAACAAGGCUCGCGGUGGUGAGGCGGCUUCAUCGAAGCAACAAGAGGGCAGUACAUCCAACAGUCAGCGGAAUGCCAGCGGCCCGGAUCCCUCUGGGGUCGGCCAUCACAAGAGCACCAACGGGCGUGGUAAAGCGAGCGGCCGCAGUCGCAGCAGAUCUCGUGACGCAAAGCGGCCGAGAGCUGAAGACAUGCAGGCUGCAGAGAACGCGAAGGAGCCGGCUUCGGGGCCUGCGGCUACAUUGGCAGCCGGACUCGGAGUAACCCGUGGCAGUGGCAGCCAUGCAAGCGGACGGGAUAGCGGCAGCGGCACGACUCCAUCGAGCAUAGGUGGCCGCAGCGGCAGUCGGGGUGAUGCGGUGGACGCCCAGGCGCCAUCAGUUAGUGUUAACGGUGCCGGUGGGGGAGCCAUUGAGGCCAAAGGCUCUGAUCCAAUGCAGCAAGCAGGUCGUCAAGCGGAAAGCAUUCCAGUCCCCGGUGAUUUGGGCGGCGACGAGGCGCAGACAGGUCCUGCUUCGAGCGCCCUGGCUGCUGAGGCGGCUAGCGUCCAGACAGCAGGUCCCAUGGACGGUACGACGGCUGCAGCUGGCGCACCAAACAGCAGCCGGGGUUUAAAGCUGGUAAAUGGCUUGGUGCCCGAGGCUGGCAAAAGCGGCGGCCAUGAUGAAGGGCAGCAGUUGGCGGAAUCACCGAAGGUGCCCCUGUCGCCGUCCCCUCGCCGUACAUACAGCAGCUCCGACUCAGAACCCACACGUUCACGCUCACGUGGCUACAGCAGCAGCGAGGAGGAGGACGAUGCAGGUUCGGCCGGUAAGCGCGCUGAGCAGAUGGCAGGCACUGGCGGUGCCGCCGGAGGCUCGGGUGGCGAGGGCGAGUUCGACAACGCGGAAAACGAGCACGAAGAGGUGCUGCUCGAGUACGAUUUUGACCUCAUGGAGGCAGAUCUUAUGGACGAGCACUUAGACGAGCAUGUGAGGACGCAGGACGAGGCAGCUGCGGCGCCAGCGACCGGCAAUGACAGCUCUGCUGGUAAUCAGCCAACGGGUGCAGGAGAGGUGGUGACAGCGGAGCACGGCGCUGCUGAUGGAGAGAAGGCUCAGGAGAAGGAGCAGGGGCACAGCGGCCGCGGUCGGACUGGAACCGCGAGCGGGCGGGUGGCGUACGAGGACAUGGGUGCACCAGGGCCCGACCUCAACCGGGAGGAGCAGGUGGCGCACGUGACGGCAGGACUGGUGGGACAGGUUGGCGAAGACAUGCUCACGAAAUUGCGCAAGCUUCUGAACGAUAUGUCUGCCCUGGAUCUCUCAACAGUGCGGCCGUGGGCCCUUCGAUCCCUGCUGGCGAUCAAUGACGAUGAGGCACGGUGGAGGGCCUCACAAGCAUUGCUGUCGAUCGAGUGGAGCACCGCUAAUAACCCCGGGGGUGUUCUGCACUCACGUCUGCAACGUGCUGUGGAAAUGGAGCGCCUAGCUCUUCUCAGGUCGGGCCGCGCAGCGCGGGUGAAGCGCGCGCGCAGCACCAGUCCUGUUGGCGCGGGACAUGCGCCCAAACGUGCGGAGCGGUCCGGCGACGCCAAUACUGGCCGUGCGGCGUCCCCCGACGGGAGACGUCGUCGGAGCCGCAGUCGGGAGCGGGAAGCUGGCCGCGGCCGGGGUGGUGGCAGCAAGGACAGGGGUUGGAGCACGGAGCCUCGGGAAGGUCGUGACGGUGGCAGCCAUGCUAAGUCACCGGAUGCGGACGACGAACGGCGAAAGGAUCGGGACCGGGAUCGAACGCGUGCCGCCAGUAAGGACCGCGAAGGACGCGACCGGGAUCGUGAACCACGGGACACAGCGCCGUCACGAGUUCCUCUUCGUGAACCCGAUCUCAAGUCGCGGCGAUGGGACGACGUGAUGCGCGCUACCGUGCGCGGCUGCAUUGUGAAGCUGCCGCGGGGGUUCGUUGAAGAUGCACGCCGCAUCUUAUACGACAUCGAUGGCUUGGACUGCUCUCAAAUUGACGCAAAUGCGUGGGACCCGCUGCUCAUGCUACCCAACUGCGAGCAACGGCUGAACGCUCUUCGCACCCUGCGAAACAUCCGCUGGAAAGAGCGUUUCAACGUAAGCGCCACCGUCAAGGGCACGCUACUGCGCUGCGCGGAGCAGGUACAGCGGGACAUGCAACGCCGCGACAUGAUGCGUCCCGGCCUGCCCUUGAUGCCCCUUGGCCCUCCCGGCCUCAUGCCACCAGCUGUCAGCGUCGCAGUCGGCAGUGUGGGCGCACUGCCCGGACGCCGCGAUUCGCGUUACGGUCCGCCCUUGGCUGCGGCCCCGGGUUCGGUUUCCCUUCUCGGUAGUCGUGUGCUGCCGCCGCCGCCGCCGCCCAUCCCUGGCGGUACCGCGCUUGGGAUGCCGGCCACGCGCUAUCCUGCUCCGCCAGAGCCCAGUCGCCUGGCGACCACGACUUCGCGUCUGCGUGAUAGGGACCGCGAUAGAGACCGAGACGGACGCAGUAAGCAACGUACAGGCACCUCCACAGCUGCUGGGUCCCGGGGUCGUAGUCGCAGUAAGAGCAGGAGCCCUAGUCGCAGCCGUCGGGGAGCGGUCGGGCGCAGAAGCCGCAGCAAGACGCGAAGUCCGGCCAAAGGACGAGGCAAGGCGCAGAGCAGGAGCCGCAGUCGCUCGCGUUCGAGCCGCAGCAAAUCCCGUUCUCGCAGCCGGGGGCGACGCAAUGACAAAAUCGUGUCAGCCCGCUCUCGUGGCCGGAGCCGCAGCAAGAGUAAGAGCCGCAGCAAGAGUAGGAGCCGCAGCCCGGCCGACCGGCGCGGUACCAAGCGCUCGCGCAGCCCCAGCCAAGCACCAGCUAACGGCAGCGGUGGUGAUGGAGCAGCAGGAGAGACCGUGCCUGAGGCGGGCGGGACCGACAACGGCGGUGCCGCAUUGCGGCCAUUGUCAACCGAGUUCAAGGACCGCAUGUACAAGUACCUGAAGAGCUUUGGCAAGCUGGACCUGUCGGGAGUGGAUGAUAAAGUGUUUGAAUGUCUAGGCCGCCUUCCCGACGACAGCGCGCGCAUGGACUGCCUGCGGCGACUAAGCGGCGUGCAGUGGCAUGCUGUGAGCGGCGCACAGGAGACCCAGAAGCGGCUUCAGGCCUUGUUAGAGCGAGGCACAAACGAGCUGCUCAAGGGGAACAGCGCGCCAUCCAAGAAGGGAUACGCCGGUAGCAGCAAGCGACGCGCUGGCGGUAGCGGUAGUGGGCGACGCUGA